AUGGCUCUUGCCUACCGGGGCGAGGGCCGCAUUCUUCCCAGUCUCAAUCAUUCGCACAUCAUCCGAUCAUUUCACUCGCAAGGGUGGGGCAGCCCCCGAGUCGAGAUCGUCAUGUCCCUCAUGGAGGGCACCGUCGCCAGCCUCAACGAAACCUACCCCCCCGAGCGACGGCCCCAACUCGCCAACUCAGUCUUGCGCCAGAUGCUCCCCGCGCUCGCCUACCUGGACGAACUGGGGUAUGUCCACCGCGACGUGAAGCCCGACAACAUCUUCUACAACACCACCGGCCCCCACACGCACCACUUCCAGCUGGGCGACUUCGGCCUGUGCGAGUUCGGAUCGGUCAUCGCGGCCGCGGGCGGCGACGCCGUCGGCCCGAAAUCAUAUAAGGCCCCGGAACUGCACCGAGACCACCCCCGGAAAGGGUGCUAG